AUGUUUCGUGCGAGUGUGUAGAUUUUUAUUCCUUUUAAAGCAAGCCUUAAGGAUACCUUACUUCCACACUAUCACGUUAUAGCAAUAUAUAGAAACAUUAAAAAGCACUUUAGUGAAAAUUUUUAUACCGAUGUUGUUCAAAGCAAUAAUUUGUUAAAAAAAAUUAGACUAUAAUUGUUUGUGAUAAGAUCAUGGUUGUGCUUAUAUAAAAUUGAUGUGCCUUGUGAGAAAUUUGUUUGUCAUGGAUUGCUGGAUGGAAGAUAUGGUGUCCAUGAUGACGGACACUAACGUAGCAGGGGUAGUAUCCACAGGAUGCCUUCCCCAUAUAAAGAAGGAGUUGGAUGGAUUUUCUGAAUGCUCGCCCUCAAAUAGUGACAUGUACUCUCCGACAACGACUGUUAUGAAUGAACCCAUUAUAAGAUCUUCAGAAGUCAAGCUCGAUUAUCAUGAUACCAGUUAUGAAAGAAAAUUACGAUCUCCUAGUAGCCCAGAACGACAGUAUUGCUCUUCAACAACACAACCUCAUACAGACUCAGGGAUGGGACACAUAGAAGGUGAAAUGAAGGAAGAAGAUUCACCGAGAAGAUUGUGUCUCGUUUGUGGUGAUGUUGCCUCAGGUUUUCACUAUGGUGUAGCUUCUUGUGAAGCAUGUAAAGCAUUUUUCAAAAGGACAAUACAAGGUAAUAUUGAAUACACAUGUCCAGCAUCUGGAGAAUGUGAAAUAAACAAAAGAAGAAGAAAAGCAUGCCAAGCAUGCAGAUUUCGUAAAUGUUUAAGGUCAGGAAUGUUGAAAGAGGGUGUUCGGUUAGAUCGAGUGAGAGGCGGAAGACAAAAAUAUAGGAGAAACCCGGAAAGCCCUUAUCAGGUUCAAGUUGUUACUGCACGGCCCAUGUUACUUUUAGAAGACAUAAAAAUGUUGGAAGCUUUAGCAGCUUGUGAACCUGAUUGUUUGGAAAUCAACACAACUUUAGAAAACUCAAAACAUCGGACCCUUUCAAUACUUAGUGACCUGUAUGAUAAAGAACUUGUUGGCAUAAUCGGUUGGGCAAAACAAAUACCUGGUUUUACGGAUUUGUCUUUAAAUGACCAAAUGCGUUUACUGCAAAGUACGUGGGCAGAAAUACUUACUCUUACUUUAGCUUUUAGAAGUUUGCCUCUUAUGAGUUUAGGGAGACUAAAGUUUGCCACAGACUUCACCCUAGACGAGAAGCAGUCCAGAGAUUGUGGAGCUAUAGAAUUGUAUCAAACGUGCUGCCAUGUAGUUGAUAGGUUAGACAGUCUGUCCAUCCUAAAAGAAGAAUAUUACCUCCUAAAAGCUCUUAUCCUCACAAAUUCCGAUGUUAGAUUAGAUGAAUACCAAUCUUUGAAAAAAUUUCGGGAUACAAUACUAUCAGCUCUUUCAGAUGCCAUCGGUAUCUUAAGGCCGACAGGAGUUGUAAGUCAAAUUCAGCAACUGCUACUUUGUAUGCCAGCCUUAAGGCAAGCGGAUCACAUCGUCAGAAGGUUUUGGUCAGAUGUACAUCAACAAGAUUUAGUCCCAAUGAACAAAUUAUUUUUGGAAAUGUUAGAGGCAUAUUGUCGGUAGCCUUUCUAGUUUUUUUUUGUUUUUUUUUUAUUACUACAAGAAAAUUUGUGGUUGAAUGUCACUAAUCAUAAUCAACUACGAGUACUAUUAUGUUAACUCGGUCUCAUUACUUUCUCAGUGAAGUUAUCUUAUGGCUGUGAAUACUUGAAAAUCAAGUUAAAAUUUUAACUUAUAUAUAUUUUAUUAUUACAAAAUAAAACUGAAAUUUUUGCUGGAAGGUUAACAGGUUAAAUUAGAAAGUGCUAUAACAAAAGGAAAAAAUAUUUUCUUCGAAUUAUGAUGAAAAAAUGAAAAGCUACUUUGGUAUUGAUGUAACUAUUUUAUAUAUUUUUCAGUAAUCUUACUACAGAAAAACUGUAAAUGAGAUUAUAGAUUUAGUUAAUACAGUCUCACAAAAAGGGCUGCUUGAAUUUUUUGGUAAGUUAACAUUUACGUUAUGAUACAGAUUCUAAAAAAUAUGAUAUUCCCAUGAACACAAUCAGUUUGUUUGGCGAAUAAUAAUCUACGCAGUUCAUUUCUGAAAUUCUAAUGUGGUUUAUAUACAAAUAAAUAUGAUUUUAAUACCAAAAUAAUGAAAAUUGUUUAAAAAAUAGGCAUUAACCAAAAUAUGUACACAGGGUUAAUCACUCCAAAUUUAUUAUUUAUGCGUUGAGAAAUAGUAAAGAGGCGAAACCUUACGUCGAAUAUAGUAUUUGUUACCAUGUGCAUGAAAUCUGUACCACUAUUGACUAGGUAAAAAACAACUCCCAGCUUGUCCAUAAACUAGAUCGUUGGAUACUCGGGCCACGUAUGUCUGGCUUUGCUGCUAGCAACUCGUUUUUCUCUAGGCUAGAUAACAUCUUCAAAACCAUGAAAAAUAAUAAAUAUUGAUAAUUUGAGUUAAGGGUUGUAGCUGAGGGCUCAGAAUGACGUCUAGAAAAACGUCCAUAAACUGCAACCUUGCGAAUAACCCGAAAAAUAUAAGCAUUAGCAUCAAUUCGGAAAAAGAUCCUAAAAGAAGGGGAAAUUUCCUAUACAAAUGUCAAAACCCAAAUCUCCUUAAGACAACAUUUUUUUUAUGAUUAAAUAUCAAUAUAAAGAUUACACUUAAAUAAAAAAUUCCUUUGAGAAAAAAUUUUUUCAUCGAUUUUUCAACAAAUAGGACCAUUGUUAAUCAACUAAAAAUUAUAGAGUUCACGUUAACAUUCAAUGUCGGAUAAUUAUUUAAAAAAAGGGCACUAAAAUUAUUUUGUUAAAAGUUCUAUUUUCAACAUUAAAUUAAAAUUAUAAAUAAUGACGAUAGAGAUUCAGGUUUUGGGACAUUUGUAUAGGAAAUUGCCUCUUCUUUUAGUAGGUUCUGUCUUCGUGACGGUAAUAUUUUUUGCACUAUCUUGUACACAAAAAUUCAAGGUGGUCAGUCAAUACCUUGAAAAUUCCAAUACUUAUUUAGAUUUUCUUUAAUUUAUUGAAAACAUUUUUAGGAUAAAUUUAUCGCAAAUCUAACAGUUAGGUACUUACUAGAUACACACAUACAUACUGUUUUCACUAUACAUGGUAUAAGAAGUUUGACUGCCAUUACUUCAGCAUGAGAUAGAGUAAUCAUAAAUGAACAAAAAAGUUUUGUAUACA